AUGGUCAUUUACGGUGCAGACGAAGUUAGCGCUCUUGUCGUUUCCGCUGGCUCAACGACGCUCUGUGCAGGUUACGCAGGUGAAGACGCACCAAAAGUAGUUAUACCAACACAUUACACCCAUAAUCAGGAAAAGACUUUCUUCGGUGAUAACGGUCCUGAUGUCUAUAGAGAUGGUUAUCAAGUUGAUAACACAAUGAAGGAUAGCUUAGUCGAUGACUUUGAUAAGUUCACAGAACUCCUCGAACACACCUUCACGCAUUGCUUACGCGUUAACACGGAAGACCAUCCACUCUUAUUCACCGAACCUGCUUGGAAUACUCAGAAACAUCGGGAAAAAAUCGCUGAAAUUGCUUUCGAUAAGUUCAACGUACCUGGAUUUUACAUAGCAAAUGACUCUGUCCUCUCUGCAUUCGCUGCAGGCAAAUCAACCGCUUUGAUUAUCGAUAUCGGUGCUGAAUCAACAUCCGUUACUCCAAUAGUCGAUGGAUUUGUCCUGAGGAAGGGCGUUGUUAGGAAUAAUAUCGGCGGUACACAAAUCACAAACAAUUACCUCAAUAGCUUGGAUCCAACUCAAAGAAGCAAUCUAAAUACCAACCUCAUCCCUCACCAACUGAUCGAAUCAAAGACAACAGUUGAACCUGGUAAAAAUCCUCAAUUCACUACUAGAAGUGAUAUCAACCCAUCUGAAAGCUGGAUGAACUGGUCAAAAUCAAAGAUACUCAAAGAUUGGAGAGAGUCUACGUCUGCUAUAAGUGAGAACGGUUGGGAUCAUGGAGCCUUAAUGCAACGUCCUAUCAAAUCUUACGAAUUCCCUAAUGGUUUCGCUGACAACUAUCAACUUUGUCGAUUCGUAGCUAACGAGAUACUGAUCAAUCCAAUCCCCUUCAAUCCCCUACCACACACUCCAAACACUUUUGAACCUGCCUCAAUAAAUUGUUCAUAUCCAAAACCCCUACCUGAACUAAUCAAAGAGUCCAUUCAAGCAGCUGAAACAGACAGUCGCCAUCAUUUGUUAUCAAACAUUAUCAUUGUCGGUGGUGUCAGCGCAACGCCUGGAUUAAGCGAGAGAAUACAGAAUGAAUUAUACGCUGUAUUGAGCAAUACAAGAGUUAAAGUGCACUCACCUGCCAACACUGUUGAGAGAAAAUUUGCUUCAUGGUUGGGCGGCUCUAUGUUGGGUAGUUUAGGUACAUUCCAUCAACUGUGGAUAUCUCAAGAUGAAUGGAGAGAGUUCGGUAAUCCAAUAGUCAGUAUGCGUUGCAAGUAA